ACACUAGUAUUUUAUCAAGAUGGCGGCUGUUUAGGAGCCUUUGUCUGAAGAGACAUAAAUUUGUUAUUUUUGACAGGUAUUUUAGGUCUGAUUGCUAUCAUCAAUGGCCGAAACUUUCUAUUCGGUAUUGCUUUGUGUAUUAGGAGCGGUGGUGUUACGAUGGAGCGUCUCUCUUGGGCCUUAUUCGGGCAAGGGAAAGCCUCCAAUGUUUGGUGACUAUGAAGCACAGCGGCACUGGCAAGAAAUAACUUACAAUCUACCAAUAAAUCAAUGGUAUUAUAACACAAGUGACAAUAAUCUUCUAUACUGGGGUCUUGAUUAUCCUCCUCUGACUGCAUAUCAUAGCUGGUUAUGUGGCUGGCUGGCACACAAGAUUGAUCCAAGCUGGAUACGACUGAAUGAUUCACAUGGUUAUGAAAGCCGUGAACACAAACUCUUUAUGCGCUACACAGCUUUAGGUGCAGACAUCCUAGUCUAUUUUCCAGCUGUACUUUUAUUCUGUCUGUUGUGUAUUCCUGGAAAAUCCAGACCCCACAAGGUUCUUAUUGCUGCUGUUAUGCUGUUGUACCCUGGUCUAACAUUAAUAGACCAUGGCCAUUUUCAAUAUAAUGCUGUUAGUUUAGGCUUCUGUCUGUGGGGUGUUAUAGGAUUAUGUAUGGAGUAUGACAUGUUAGGGUCUGUGGCUUUUAUGUUGGCUUUAAGCUACAAACAGAUGGAACUCUAUCAUUCAAUGCCAUUUUUCUUCUAUCUUCUUGGAAAGACAUUUACUAUUAAUUCAUGGUUUGGUAGACUUUUUUACUUGUCAAAACUUGGUGUUGCAGUCAUUGGAACCUUUGUGAUCUGCUGGUUUCCUUUCCUAUCGAACCCUGAGGACUUAUUCCAAGUGGUUCAUCGCCUCUUUCCAUUUGGACGGGGCCUGUUUGAGGACAAAGUAGCGAACGUUUGGUGCGCAGUUUCAGUUGUUAUUAAGGUGAAAAACAUCCUGACUCAACAACAAAUUAUAAAACUAAGUUUAUGGAGCACUCUUAUUUCCGUUCUUCCAUCGUCGCUCAACCUGUUUAGACACCCAUCGGUGGAUCGCUUCGUAAUCAGUCUGGUUAACUCUUCCUUGGCAUUCUUCUUGUUUUCCUAUCAAGUUCACGAAAAGUCAAUUCUGCUGGCUGCAUUACCUGUUUGUGUGUUGCUGCCAUUCAAGCCUUUGCCCUGCACUUGGUUCCUCCUCAUCUCCACUUUUAGUAUGUGGCCACUUUUAGAGAAAGAUGGUUUGGUGUUUUCGUACGUUCCAGCCAUGUUGUUAUUCUACCUUGCUGCGUACCAUGUUUUGAACCUUGGUAAAUCACGCAGCAGAACGAAAGGAAUGUUUUACCUGUCAGUCCUUGGAGCUUUGGGGUUACAUCUUGCUGCAGCAACUGUCAAGCCUCCUGCACGUUAUCCAGAUCUUUAUCCUGUACUUAUAUCUGUCUACUCUUGUGCCCAUUUCAUCUUGUUUUUUAUGUACUUCAACUACUUGCAAUUCUCACUGCCGUAUUUUCCAAACAUGCUGAUGAAAAGCAAACAAGCUUGAUUUUAUUCCUCUUUAUCUAGUGUAUCUGCAUAAUUCUGUUUUUGAUUUUGAUUUUUGUAAGAGACAAUGUCAGAAACAGCACAUUCUCAAAUUCAGAUUUUCUUAGAUAUUGGAGAGGAAUCCAUUUAGUUUGCAUUAAAUUAGGAAGUAUAAUAUAUUUAAAAGAAUUGUUUUCCUGCUGCUGUAAGAAUUGAAUAAAAACACUAACAAUA